GUAUUCAUACUAUGAAAAAUUAUCAUGUGCUCCUUGUAUAUCCAAAUUCCAUAAAAUUGUUUGUUCUGAUUCAUUUAUACAAACAAUGUAUAAAAUUUCUUUAGCACUCAAAUAAGUUUUACCUGCGUUUUUAAAAUGAAAAUUUAUUGCUAUAGAUAUUGCACGAGCGAGCAGCGAAUUUCAGGAACUUCGGAAUUCCUCGGAAGGGUGUAAUAACUACGUGAGUUGUAGGCUUCCCAAUAAACACGGCUGAGCCAUGUAAAAUAAAAUGCACAUUUUCCAAUAUAACAUAAAUAAUUUUGUAAAUGUUAACUUGCAGUAAGGCAGUGUCUUCUUCGGAUAUUUGUCAAAUGAUCUCUCUUCCCGUGUUUUAUGUUAACGUUUCUUAUAGGUUAUGGCUGCAAAGUGUACUUAUGCCGAUACGAGUUGUGAAGUGCUAUUGAGGUUCAGAAAAAAAAAAAUUACGUCUUUGGUUUGGUUAAGUGAAUAAAUCAAAACAUUUCCUUCGAUGUCGGAAGGUUCAGAAAUCAAGUCGGACCACCCGGAGGCAAAUGAAAUUGCGAAUGAAGGUGAUAUUCACGGAGAUCUCGCAACUGUUGACAACAGUCAUUCCAAAGCAGACAAACACAAAGUGGACAUUUUACUGAAAGCAACGGGAAAUGCACCGAUCAUGAAAAAGAAGAAAUGGAGCGUGGACUCGGAUAAGCGGAUUGGCUGGAUUAUUGAGUUUGUGAGGAAGUACUUGAAGCUGGACCCAGCGGAGAGUCUGUUCCUGUACGUGAAUCAGGCCUUUGCCCCCGCCCCAGACCAGGUGGUGAGGAACCUGUACGACUGCUACGGCACGGACGGCAAGCUGGUGCUCCACUACUGCAAGAGCCAGGCGUGGGGUUGAAGUGUCGUUACCAGCGGUCAUCCCUCGCUAGACUGGCCGGUGGGGAACUGUGCGACUGAUGUGGAACCGACGGCAAGUUGGUGAUCCAGUACUGCAAGAGUCAGGCGUGGGGUUCGAAGCACGUCGUUACCAGCGGUCGUCCCUCGUUUGAUCAAUCUCAUCAUUCGUUACAGUUCCACUCCCUCAAGCGAAACUGUUGAUGUGGUAUGCAUUGAAACAAACCUUCGUCUGGGCUGUUCCAGACUUUAGAGUUGUGUGGAGAGUCAGUAACGCUUGCUCUCUUGGCACAUGCUACAGUCAUUACAAGUGGUCGUCGGAGCUACGGUGCGGUGACGUCCAGACCAUUGGUGCGCUCACCAAGGUCUUCCAGGUCUUUCCUGGCACAUUUGGUCUCUUCCACCGCUCUCUCGUCAGUUGUCGCUAAAUGACCGCUGUCAUGUCAGUUGUCACUCUACCACCGCUGUCUUUUCUCUUGGCUCAACCACUGCUGUCUCAUUAGUUGUCUUUACCACUCUGUCUAAUCAAAUGGGUCCACCACUGCUGUCUCGGCAUGCGAGUCAGCCUUGAAGUGACCCUUGCCUUUAUCUCUUACUAUUUGUAAAUAGUCUUGACCUCCGCUCAGCCUAUUAUUUCUUGCUAAAUGCUGUAAAUAUGAUAUAUUUGUCGUAUUUAUUUAAGUGUUAAUGUUUUGGCUGCUAUUUGCUUGUUUGGAAGAGGCUUGUACAUCUACAUAGCUUAUGUUUUAUUUCCAAGUGCACUUUUUUUUCCUGGUAAUGUAACCUAAAUAAUGAAAAUGUAAUAGUAUGCUUACAAGUAAUUGGUAUCUUUUCUUUUUGUUAGUAAUGACUGGAAUGACAAAACAGCUGUUGUCUGAGGUUUAAAAACAGGAAAUCAAAUUGUAUGAUUUUUUUUCAUAAUGUUUACAUUCUGAGGAAAAAUGAAUUUUUUUGGUAACACUGGAAAUUUCAUUUUUGUCAUUUUGCACUUAAAAUUAACAUCUCUAUACCUAACCAUUACUAAUCAUUGUGUUUUUUAUGUAAAUUUUAGUAUCACAUAUGUUAAAAAAUUAAAUCUUUGUAAAAAAUUGAAAAAGGUGUGAUCUAUUAGUGAGCUAUCCAUAUAAAUUUCAUUAAAUAUAAACUAAAAUUUAUUGAUUUGUAACAAAUUAAUAAAUGUGAAUGUUUAAUAGAGAAUCAUGUAAUUUCAAACUCAAUUUUAAACAUUUUUCUUUUAGUCAUGGGAAUUAAUAAUAAUUAAAUUUUAUUAUAAGAGUUGCUAUACAGACUGCUUGUGUUUAAUUACUAACUUUUUACAUGUGUGAAUUAUUUUUUUAAUGUUUAUAAUAUUAAGAAAUAAAUAAAAAGUAAAUGUGAUUUGUACUGUUUAUCUCUUAUGUUUGGAGGUUUGUACUAGAGGUGGGUCGAAAAGUAUCAACCUAAUACUUUGGCACUGAUACACGCCUGUAUCAGGAACGGCAAACGAGUACACUUGAAAAGUAUCAAGUACUUUAGUAUCAGUUCAGAAUUCGCCUGGAACAACACCACGGCCAAUGUGCGCAGAACCCGAUCGCAGAUGACGGUCACUUGGGCGGAGCUUGUGAAAGGGGAGGGAGCAGGAACGACGAAUAAGGGAUAAAGAAGGGAAAUAAUGUAGGGGAGAAAGCGCAGGGGAAGACGUUGAAGGAGAGGCGCAAAGCGAAAUUGUUACGAGUCGUUUGGUUAUUGUCCCACAUCAAAGUACGCUCAGUGCGCAGUGCGUGCACAGUCUCGUUCAAUAAUAAAACUAAUGAAAUUUUAAUAUUAAAAAGUACAUUAAUACAAGAUAUAAUAUUUAUAUUUGUGCACCUAACAGCUAUGAAAAUGCAAAUAAAUUCUCAGUUGACACUAAUAACAGAUGUAAUCAACAUAUGGACUUUUUUUUUUUUGAAAACAAUUAGUAACUAGUGUUUUCAUACAUUAAAAGAUUACGAUUUUAUCAAAAAUUAAAAAAAAACAGAUACGUACAUUAGUGAGCAUACUAUAUCAAUGUUUACGUUUCAAAUGUUUCUUCAGAUUAGUCGAUGAUGAUUUAUAACUCAGUUUUUGUUCACACAAAUUACAAUUAGCAAACUCGUUAUUUUCCGUAAAAAUAUUCCACACAAAUGAAGUCUUUUUCCUGCACUUAUCCAUUCUUUAUUUUACUAUGAAGAUACUAACUACAAAGCAUGACAGCCCGCAACAAUGUACAUGGUGGUAAUUAAUACACGGCCAGGACGAACUGCAGUGAAUGUUGAACUGAUUGAUACUGGCUGUAUCAGGCGGGCAUGAGAGUAACAGAGGUAGAGAAUUAUCGGGCGUGAUGAAUAAUGUAUCAGAGACACCGAUAACUUUUUACGCUGGUGAUGACGGCACGGAGGAUGUGUACCCUGUAACGAGAAUGCUGAUACCUCGUUGCUUCCUGGGACCGCUACUUAUCUGAUACAAAAGUAUCAGACUUGUAACUAGGUACAUUACUGUAUCAGUAUCAGGUUGGAACAGAUACCGAAAAUUGCUGUAACAACCCACCUCUAGUUUGUACUCUAAUAUAAAUUCACAUAAAAGGUGUAAUGCAGUUUACCCAGUAGCUUUUGGGCUGCAAUCAUACCAGACUAAGUUACGUAAAAAAAUUACUUCUUCAUUGUUUGAAUUAAUUUAAUUUUUGGAUCAGAUUUUCAUAGUUAUAUUUAUAUCUGAAUAAUUUCAUUUAUUUUUGUAUUCAUGGAUAAUAAAUGUGAUUAUAAUAAUUAAA